CUUCUCUGGCGCCGACCAUGACCACGACCACGCCGCUUAUCUGUUAUGUCAACAACAACCGGAUUGAGCUUACUCCUGGGAGUUUUGACCCCACUCAGACACUGCUCACCUUUCUCCGCUCUCGUGGUCUGACCGGAACCAAGCUUGGAUGUGGCGAGGGCGGGUGCGGUGCAUGCACGGUGACGCUGACGCGGGUGGACAGUGUCGGCAAGGCGACGAGCUACUCGGCUAACGCGUGUCUGACGCCGUUGGCGGCGGUGCACGGGCUGGUGGUUACGACGGUGGAGGGCAUCGGCAACACGCGCAGUCCCCACGCGGUGCAAAAGGCGAUGGCCGAGUCGAAUGGCUCGCAGUGUGGCUUUUGUACGCCCGGCAUUGUCAUGUCGAUGUACGCGCUGCUGGCGUCAAACCCCAACCCGAGCGAGGAAGACGUCGAGCGCGCGUUUGACGGCAACCUCUGCCGGUGCACUGGCUACCGCCCGAUCCUGCAGGGCUUCCGCGAGCUUAUCAAGAGCGCGCAAGGUGCAGCAUCAUCGUCGGCGUCGAGCCUUGCAGAGCAUGUGGAGGUGCCAGAGGAACUCGUGGCGAUGGCGGCGGCGGGGCAGCGGCCGACGGUGCUGCGCCAGUGGUGACGUUCCGGCCGGCGACCGAACCGACGUCCAAGACGACGUGGUAUGUGCCGACGACGCUGGCACAGGUUGCGACGCUCAAGGCUGAGUUUCCGGGCGCAAAGCUUGUGAUCGGCAACACCGAGCUCGGCAUUGAGGCCAAGCUCAAGCACGCCGAGUUUGAGGUGCUUGUGGCGACCGGCGGCGUGGCCGAGCUGCUGCAGUGCGAGGUUGACGAGGCGAGCUCCUCGCUGCACCUCGGAGCCUCGCUCAAUCUCAACGAGCUGGCGCGGUUUGCGAGCACGCAGCUGGCGGACGAGGCAACGGCCAACCCAGUGUACGCUGGCAUCGAGCAGGCACUCCGCUGGUUUGCUGGCAACCAGAUCCGCAACGUGGCGUCGCUGGCUGGCAACGUCAUGACGGCGUCGCCGAUUUCUGACCUCAACCCGCUGUGGAUGGCGCUCGGCGCCGAGGUGGUGGUCACGUCUGCGGCGCGUGGCGAGCGGCGGAUUCCGUUCAACGAACUGUAUGUGGGCUACCGCAAGACGGCGGUGGAGGCCGACGAGGUCAUGGUCAAGCUUGUGGUCCCGCUGGCGGGCGAGAACGAGUAUGUGCGGUCGUACAAGCAGUCGCGGCGGCGUGAGGACGACAUUGCGAUUGUUGGCGCGUCGUUCCGGGUCAAGCUCGAUCCGGAGACGGGCGCCGUGGUCGACGCCGGCCUGGCGUACGGCGGCAUGGCGGCGUGGACCAAGUCUGCAGUGGCGGCUGCCGAGGUGCUGAUGUCUGGCGAAAAGUGGAGCGACGCGCUCGUCCGCAAGGCCAUGGCGCAGCUCGACUCGGUGGACGUGCCGCUGGCGCCCAACGCGCCGGGUGGGCAGGUCGGAUACCGUCGCGAGCUGGCCAAGUCGUUCCUCUACAAGUUCUUCCUCUACGUCUCGGUCGAGUCGGGCCUUGCGCCGGUGGAGGCGCGCGAGAUCACCGGGGCGCUGCUGCAGGAGCACAAGCCGCUCUCGCAGGGCCGUCAGGAGUAUGCUUCGUCGGCGUUUGAGGCUGCGUACGACGGAGUGCUCUCGCCGCCGGUCUCGGGCGGGGUGCACAUGCCAGAGAUGCAUGCGUCGGCGCUGCUGCAGGCGACCGGCGAGGCCGUGUACGUCGACGACAUUCCGGUGGCAGCCGGCUCGCUCUUUGGCGCGCCGCUGCUCUCGUCGGUGGCACGGGGAACAAUCGAGCGGAUCGAGACGAGCGCCGCGCUGGCGCUGGACCCUUCGGUUGCAGUCUACACGGCUGAUGACGUGCCUGGGAUGAAUGUUCUCGGAGCCAUUGUGUACGACGAGGAGGUCAUUGUGUCGAAGGAGAUCACGUCGCAGGGCCAGCUGCUGGGUAUGGUCGUGGCGUCGAGUGCGGAUUUGGCGCGGCUGGCGGCGCGCAAGGUCAACGUGGUGCUCACCGAGGCGGCACCUGACGCGCCUGAGCUUGUGGUGACCAUCGAUGAGGCGGUGGCGGCCGGGCAGUACAUGUCGGGCGGCAACAAGAUGAAGAGCGGUGACGUUGAGGGCGCGCUGGAGGGCGCAUCGCAUGUGCUCGAGGGCACAACGUACGUCGGCGGACAGGAGCACUUUUACCUGGAGACGUUUGCCACGCUGGCGGUGCCUGUCGAGGGUGAGCAGAUGAAGGUGUACGCGUCGACGCAGAACCCGUCCAAGACGCAGAAGUUUGUGUCGCGGGUCCUUGGCGUGCCGUCUGCCAAGGUGGCGGUCCACGUCAAGCGGAUCGGCGGUGGGUUUGGCGGAAAGGAGACGCGGACGUGCCCGCUGUCUGCGGCGGUGGCGCUUGCGGCCAAGCUUUCGGGCAAGCCUGUGCGGUGCAUGCUCGACCGCGACGAGGACAUGGUGUACUCUGGGACGCGGCACCCGUACAAGGGUGUGUACAAGGUCGGGUACAACGACGACGGCAAGAUCCUCGGGCUGGACAUCGACCUGUACUCAAACGCCGGCUUCUCGCUCGACCUCUCGGGCUCGGUCAUGGAUCGGGCGCUGUUCCACGUCGACAACGCUUACAAGAUUCCCGCGGUGGGUGCGCGCGGGUGGUUGUGCAAGACCAACACGCCGUCGAACACGGCGUUCCGCGGGUUUGGCGGCCCGCAGUCGAUGCUCAUCUGCGAGUCGUGGAUCGACAAUGUGGCGCGCGAGCUGGGCAAGGAUCCGGCCGAGGUGCGGGCGGCCAACUUUUACGAGCCGGACGCGACGACGCACUACGGGCAGGUGCUUACCGACAACCGGCUGGAGGCGGUGUGGGGCGAAGUGAUGAGCAAGUCCGAGUACGAGACGCGGCGGGCCGAGGUGGCUGCGUUCAACGCGGCGCACCGGUGGAGGAAGCGCGGGCUGGCGGCGGUGCCGACCAAGUUCGGCAUGUCGUUUACGGCCAAGUUCCUCAACCAGGCCGGCGCGCUUGUCCACGUUUACCAGGACGGGACGGUCCUUGUCUCACACGGCGGCAUCGAAAUGGGCCAGGGCCUGCACACCAAGAUGGCGCAGGUGGCGGCGUCUGCGUUUGGUAUUCCGGUGAGCGACGUGUACGUCGACGAGACAGCGACGGACAAGGUGGCGAACACAGUGCCGACGGCGGCGUCGGUCUCGUCGGACAUCAACGGUAUGGCGGUGCUCGAUGCGUGCGAGCAGAUUUUGGCUCGGCUGGCGACGGUGGAGGGCGUGGCGGCGGACGCGCCGCUGGCGGAAAAGGCGCUCGCGGCGCACCUGCAGCGGAUCAACCUCUCGGCCAACGGCUUUUACAAGACGCCGGACAUCGGGUUCGAGUUUGACCCGACGGGCGAGACGGCCGGAAGCGGCAUGCCGUUCAACUACUUUUGCUACGGCGCGGCGGUGGCCGAGGUCGAGAUCGACGUCCUCACCGGCGACCACGUGGUGACGCGCGCCGACCUCGUCAUGGACGUGGGCGACUCGCUCAAUCCGGCGAUUGACCUCGGGCAGGUCGAGGGCGCGUUUGUGCAGGGCAUGGGCCUCUUCACCACCGAGGAGCUCAUCAAGCUCGGCAACGGGCACGUCUUUACCCGCGGCCCGUCGUUCUACAAGAUCCCCGCGUUCUCGGACAUUCCCUCGAUCUUCAACGUGUCGCUCCUCAAGGACGCGCCCAACUCGCGGGCCAUUCACUCGUCCAAGGGUGUCGGCGAGCCGCCGCUCUUCCUCGCCGCCAGUGUGUUCUUCGCCAUCAAGGAUGCCGUCGGCGCCGCCCGCGUCGACGCCGGCCUCGGAUCUGGCGCCUUUGACCUCCACUCGCCGGCCUCGUCCGAGCGCAUUCGCAUGGCAUGCGGACCUGUGGCACCCGAGUUGGAGUAAAAGGUAAAAUGCAGCAGUUGUG